AUGGCUAGUGUUACUGAGGAAUUCGAUGAAUUCGCUACAGAAACUGUCUUUUUUGUCGCUCUUCGCAGCGGAAGUGAUGAUUUAUCAAAGAAAAGCAAAAGGAAUUCCGCUCCGUGUUUCCAUACCCAGCAAGAUACUGUCGAUCUCUCCGAUGACAGCAUUUUGACGCCGAGCUUGUCAGAGCCAUCAAUAGUGAAUUCUCAACUGAUUGAAUGUGCACUCACGUGGAGACCUAGUAUUAAAAACCCGUACAAUUCCUGCUAUUCGGGAAAAUUAAGUGAAGAAGAGGUUGAAAAGGAAGAAUUCUCACCCACACUGCAUAAACCUCCGCUCGAUCAAAAAAUCAAACAAUAUUUCUAUGAAGAUGAGCCCCCCUUGUCAACUACAGGAGAAACCAAAUAA